AUGAGGGUUGGUACUCUCAGUUCUGAGAUUAAUAGGGGUAAUAUUAAGCUUCUUCCUAAGGAUGGAGAUAAGACUUUUAUUAGGAAUUGGAGGCCUAUUACCCUCCUUAAUGUGUCUUAUAAAAUUUUGGCUAAAAUUCUUGCUAUUAGAUUGGUGCACAUUCUCCCUAAAAUUGUUAGUGCUACUCAAACGGGCUUCAUUAAAGGCAGGUAUAUAUUAGAGAAUCUUAUUACUACCUGGGAAGCCAUGGAUUGGGCUAAAUGCUCUCAUCAAAACGUGGCUCUUCUGCUUCUUGACUUCGAAAAAUCUUACGAUAGGGUCGAGUGGAAUUUUAUCAUUAUGAUGCUCCAAUCUUUUGGCUUUCCUCCCUAUUUCUGCAAUGCUGUUCAAAUUCUCCUCAGCGAUGCUUUUGCACAAGUUGAAGUUAAUGGUUCUCUUUCUAAACCUUUCCCCCUUGGGCAUUCCAUCAGGCAAGGAUGCCCGUUGGCUCCUGCUCUUUUUGUCAUUUCUGCUGAAGCUUUGUAUUAUAUCCUUAGGGAUAGCACUCUGUCCCCUGAAGUUAGAGGGGUUUACCUUCCUAACAAUGAUGAGCUUAUAAAUAGCCAAUUUGCUGAUGAUACUACUCUUUUCUUUGAGAUCUCUGAUAGCAAUUUCUUGAAUCUACAAACUAAGCUGAACAUGUUUUGCACCAUUUCUGGUGCUCGUAUUUCUCAGGCUAAGUCUAUUUGUUUGGGGUGGGAUGAUCAACCUCCGGAUUGGUUAUCUCAAUAUAUUUAUCAAUGGGGAGGUCCUAAUAAGAUUGUUAGGUAUCUCGGUAUACCCUACUCGGUUGAUCCUUCUCUUAAAGACAUGUGGGAUUGGGUUAAGGCUAAGAUUAUGAAUAAACUCAAUAAAUGGCAUAAUAGAUCUUUGUCUCUUGCUGGGAGAAUUCAAGUUUGCCAAAAGCUGUUAUCUUCAUAUAAUAUUUAUUAUUCAUCAACGUGGAUGUUUAGCAAUUAUCAAAUUCUUGAAAUUCAAAAGGCUAUUAGAAUGUUUCUCUGGUCUGAUGGCAAAGGUAAUAGGAAAUUUCAUAGUGUUAAUUGGAAAUGGUGUCAUACGGAUAAGACCCUGGGAGGGCUAGGGCUUAAAGAUCUUCAGCUUCAAGGCAUUUCUCUUGCCGCCAAGUGGAUUUUUCACUCUCUGGAGGGUUCUGUCAUCUUCAAAUCCAUUUGGCAUGCCUGGGAGCAUGUCCGGGUUUUUAUUACCAAUAAGGAGUUCUAUAAUGAUAAUUAUCUCCAUGGUGAAAGGUCCAUUUGGUGGAACUUGAGCAUAAAUGAUAAGCCUCAAGCCCUCUACCAAGGUUGCUCUGCUAAGUCUUGGGCUAGAUCUGGUAUCACUCAAUUUGUUGAUAUUUUUGGACAUGAUAAGCUUAUUCCUAGGGAUGAUCUUAAAUGCAAAUUUAAUUUACCUGAUACUCAAAAGAAGACUUAUAAUUUGAUUUUAUAUGCUUCUAAAGAUAUCCCUGCCACUUGUCAGGUGGACUCUCAAAGACACCUGAAGUGCAAGUGGCCGGAUGGUAUAGUUUUAGACAAGCUGAAAGCUAAGUAUAUUUACAGAAUUAUUGAUCAUAAUGAAGAUAUCCUUAUGCAUAUUAACAAUGUUUGGUAUUGUUCUUUUGAUGGUAAAACUUGGAAUAAGCUGCUGAAUUAUAUUUGGAAAAGCCCUGUUGAGCCCAAGAUUCAAUGUUUGAAGUGGUUGGUUUUGCUUGAUAGACUUUCGAUUAAAAGAGAUAAUCAGUCUUCUGAUAUUUGUAAUAUUUGCAAAUUGCCUGAUACAGGUAGACACAUUUUAUUUGAUUGUCUUUUUGCUAAAGAAAUAUGGAGACUUUUUGGCAUUGUUUAUCCUAUUAAUGUCAACAUUCUUCAGAUUGUUAUUGGUUACAUUAAUGGCAUUAUUAAAGAUGCUAAUGUUUUUUGGAAUAUUCUUUCCUCUAACAUUCUUUGGCAGAUCUGGAAAUGCAGGAAUGAGGAAAAAGAUCAAGGUAAGCCAAGAGAUCUUACUGAGUGUUUUCGUAAACUCACAUUUAUCAAAAUUUUCUUGCAGAUUCAAACCACCAUGAUAAUGGAGAAGGAAAAGCUGAGGAAAUUUCUCAAAGAUGGUCAAGCCACCUUCUUUUUGUAUGAGCUCAAGUAUGGUUACCAAUGGCGUAGGUCUCUGGAUGAUUUGAGAAUAUUUGAAAGCACUUGUUGGAGACUUAACCAGGUGAUAAAGCGGAACCAAAUUUCCAGGAAGGAGGAGACCUUUAUGCUAGCCCAGAUCCAGGAGAGGAAGAAUAUAGUUUGGAUGGAAGGCCCACAAGGUUGGACUGCGUGGGUGGAUACGUUCUUUGAUGUUCUUCACUAG